AUGACCAAGCUAGAAGAUUACCCACAUCUUCCCCAAGAAAUCGUCGACGAAGUUGUCCGUCUCAUAGACUUGGACUCGGACAUCAGCUCCCUCAAGUCCUGCGCCCUCGCCCAUCGCUCGUUCCUGGAUUCCAGUCAAGCAUGCCUCUUCCGCGAACUGAGGUUCACGUCUGGAGAAUCGCACAAUAGACCGCCAAAGACCGCCCAGAUACUUGACAUUCUAGACAAGUCUCCCCAUAUCGCUUUGUACGUGCGCUGCGUCCAUCUAUUGGAGGAACCGUGGAGCUUGUGGAUCGCAGACGACACCGCUCUACCGACUCUGCUGCGUCGCUUCACGAACCUGGAUGGAAUGCACGCCAGCUGGAAGGAGUCCUACGAGCGAUGUAGUGCACUCCUCGCCGCGCUCGACUUCGUCUUCCACCUCCCUACCUUCCAGUGCUUCCGCGCUGCCGACGCUUGGAAUUUCCCACCGCGGAUGCUAUCAUCCAUGCCGACUCUUCGCAGGCUGCAACUCACUGAAGUCUACUUCCGGUCUUGGACGAUCCCCGCCGGCUCAGUGGAACGCCAUAACAAUCUAUCGUCCAUCGAGCUGCGUCUAUCUAGUAUAUCGUUCGCGCAGUUUUCGGAGGAACUCCUGGCCCCGGCCUGCGGGCUUGAUCUGCACAAUCUACGCCAUCUCAAGACCGGGCUCAUGAAGGACAAGGCGAUGCUCAUGUGCUUCCUGAAGAUCGCUCCGAUCCUCUCCAGCAUUCAAUCCUUGGAUUUUGCGCUGUACCCGGAAGCUACCACCGGUGAAUCGACCUCAGAGCCCUUCGGCUUCAUCCUCGGCGCCGCGUUCCCCCACCUGCGCCACCUCACCCUGCGCUCCCUCUUCCUCGAGCGCCUCUUCCAAACCACCCGCGGCCGGCACUGCUUCGCCUGGCUCUCCUCCCAACUCAGCCACCUCCCCCUCAUCGAGACGCUCGACCUUCACUUCUUUGUCUCCCUGCGCACCGCCGAUGACGGCGCGGUCUGGGACAAAGAGUGGCGAGCGCUCGACCGCUUGCUGACGGAGUCGGCCCCUCGGCUGUCGCGAGUGCGCGUACACAUAGCGCAUGUGCUGGACUACAUGUCGCGCUAUCAGGCGGAGGAGAACGCGAUUGCAAGGCAUGUGAGGGGAUGUCUGCCGCUGUUGGGUGCGCGGGACAUACUUCAUGUCCUGUCAGAAACGCAGCCGUCGAUCACCGGAACUGUCGCGCGCGAGGUCUAA